CCUGCCCCUGCCCUGCCACGGCUGGCUGCCCAGGCCAGUCCAGCCCGAGCCAGUCCUCCUCCGCGAAUAAUAGGUGGAGAUAUCAACAGGAACGAGACGACGUACGAGUACGAUUCAGGCCUCCAGCUUUAAUUCUCAAGCUCCUCACGAACGAACGAACGAACGAACUACCAGCUCUCCAGCUGCGUCCCUCCAUCUCCCUUCAGCAUUAUCAAAGCCGAAAGAAGAAGAACAAAGAGAACAAACAGCCCCCGAGCUGCACCUAUCAUUCGAUACUAUCCAGUAUCCUGCAUCAGGCCAGCUCCCUUCCCACCACUUGCGCGCAUCAGAUACACGGCUUGCGAUAUCAAGAUCCCGGCUUCACCACCUUGCAGGACAGCACGCCCUGCAACUGUUCAUGCGACGCGCGAAUGUCGAAUGAAUGCAACCCUUAAACCCUUUCCUGAGUGCCUUCUUCAAGAGUGCUGUGCCCUCUCAGUGUACACCUGUCCACCACCAUAUUCUGCUAGUACCAACAACUGAAGUCCUCCUCACCUCCCGCGAUCGCGAGUCUGGAGUCCUAUACGCAGACCUAGCCGGAUCUGAGGAAUUCCUUGGUAGCCAUGUCUUGCGAAUACCAGCCAACCAUGCGACAGCGGGAGGGAAGGAUGCGCCGAAUAUGCGAGAGAGUCGGGGCAAGGCGAAACAGUAUACAACGAUCAAUGGCAGAACAGUGGUAGUGAAGGACGCCUAUGUGUACAGCAAUAAGGGAUUUAAAACCCUCAACCAGGCACAACUCUUGACAGAUACACUUUGGUACCCGGACUCAUUGGAACCAAGGCAAUGGCUCAUAUACUACAUUUCGAGGCCCUUGCUAGGCAUAUACGAGGAGGUCAAAAUUACACCUGCGAUUAUACCGAAGCAAGCUCCAACUAGCAGACCAACUCUGCCAAUGCGGUCGCCCUCUCAAGCCGAAUCUCCAACAUCGCCAAGCAGUCUUCCCAAGAAGAAGGAUAUCAGAUCUUUCAAUGACUUACUGAAUAAUUUCCCCAUGAUUGCGAGACAGAUGCAACCUGGGCUCGAACGGCUUUUCAAGGAAUUCAACACCGUCUUCGAUAAGCCUUUACCUCCCCCGCCAUCUGCUUCGAAUAUACCAGAUCCAGUGCCAGAUGGGCCAAUAGCUACGGCAAUGAAGAAGGCGAGGUCCAAUAGCACAAAUUCCGCGCCAAGCUUCCGAUCGAAUGGACAUGCGGACAGAAGGGCGAUAAAGGACUUUUAUGCUGAAGAUGAUGAGGAUAUUAUGCGAGGGGCUUUGGAAACCGCAGUCACAGCUGCCAUUGAUCUGUUCCAAAUGGUCGACAAGCAACAACUAUCCCUGCUCGGAGCUACAACGGAUCUCACGGGACCAGUCGUGGAGCGUCUGAUCGAGAGAUACGUAACCGAGCAAGUCCAUGAUACCGUGUUGUACCCCCGAUUGUGUGCUAUGAAGCGGCCAGAGGAUCUUGAAUUGGAGUCCAAAAUCAGGCAAAUGGAAUUCGUAGACAUUUCGCAAGUCGGCAUACUGAUUCAAGGCGGUCAAAGAGGGAAGCACGAACUGACGCUGAGACUGGGACGAGCUGUGGAGGAAUUCCGGAAGCUUGGAGUCGCUGGGAGCCCUCAGCAAAUGAUGGAUGUUCUUUUAUUGACUCUGAAGACUGUUACUCAACUUGCCGAUGUUCCAAAUGUCGCUUUGAACGGUUCGGGUCCAUCCUCCGAGAAGGUCAGCCCAGUCCUGACUAUCAAUGCGGAUACCCUGGUAUCGUUACUUCUGGUUGUGGUUAUCAGAGCCCAGGUUCGGUAUCUGCAAGCUCGUUUACUGUACAUGCGACACUUCAUCUUUAUUGAUGAUGUUGAAAGUGGCGAGAUGGGAUAUGCUCUCAGUACUUUUGAGGCCGUCCUUUCUUACCUUGCAAGAGACUCUGGCGGUCUCCGUAAAGCCAGCCGAAGGAAUCACAAGCUGUGGCAGGCAACGAAGAAGGGGGAUAUCAAGGAUAUGAUGACAAUCAUGGAGCCGGAAAAAGGCUUUUCUGACGAUGAAAGCUCUAAUGAGGCAAUCAUUGAUGAUACUAUUGACGAAGAUGCUCCUUGGACCUCUUCAGCUACUCACUCUAGGCGAAACUCUUCGCGGUCGGGCGAAUCAGGGAGAUUCUCUCAAGCGUCGACGUUGAACCACGUGUUUCCAUUCCAGAUCAAGCACGAAGACGAGGAAGAAGCUCGUCUCCCACCUCUCCGGAGACCCAAACAGGUUACAAUGGAUAUGCGCAGCAUGUCAAGUAGCUCCGAGAUGUCAUUUCGAUCCCGAGCAACAACUAUCGAUUCUACAAGUAGUGGCAUAGAAGGCGAUACAUCGAUUGAAAGACUCACGCAGACGGAGGACUCGUUCGGAGAAUCUGUCCCGAUGAUGGCUAUCCAGAACGAAAGACCUGAGUCUCUCAAAUACUUAUUGUCAUUGCGCAAUUACUUUCCACUCGAUAUGAUUCUGGACGAUACAAAUAAUGAGGGCACCACUCUCCUCAGUGCAGCUGUUCAGCUUGGGCAUACAGAGUUGAUUGACAUCAUUCUCGGUUUCGUGUGUCAGGCUGAAUCUGAAACGAUUGUGGUGGAGUACCUUGCAAAGCAGGAUAUUAGGGGUCGGAGUGUUGCGCACUAUUUAUUCAAUGCUCCAACAUUGAUUCCUCGUGUUGGACGACUCUUACCUUGGCGGCAGAAGGAUAGAAAUGGUCAGACUCCACUUUUCGCCCUCUGCCGUUCAUAUGACCACGCGAACUACAGGGCCAUGGUAGAAGCUGGUCUGGGUGCUGCCACAGCUUCUCAAGGAGAUGGACAGCAGCUGCAUUUGGAUGAUCACGUUGACGCAAAAGGCAAUACCCUCCUGCACAUCGUCAAUGAUCCCCAAGUUGCUUUGCGAAUCCUUCUGCACUGCGAUUCAGACGUGAAUGCCACCAACGACAAGAAGUUCACGUCGCUGAUGGUUGCAAGCAAGUAUGGGAGGUUAGACAUGGUUCGAGUUCUGUUUGGAGACCCUCGAGUCGACCUUUUUGCUAAGGAGCUUCGUGGACUUACCGCUGUUGAGCUCGCGAAAGACGACGAUGUCCGGAAUCGCAUCGAUGAUUUGAUUCUCUUCUCUGGCCAGCCUGCUGCCGAUGGAAGAAUCACGGCCGUCGUCCGCUCUUUCUUCGUCGAAGAUGCUACAAUUCGUCUUGUCGUCAAGUCCGGUGCACCCUCUGUCAACCAAAGCUUCACAGUAACGACUUGUCGUCGCUCACUUGCUGACUUUGAGCAUCUUGCAAAGCUACUUGCACUAGAGAAUCCGGCGUCAUGGCUACCUUCAAUAUCUGGAAUGCGUUCGCCUUUCCAGCUUCCAUCAAAACCAUCAAGAGCUGUUCUUAGGGAUAUCCAGAUUCGCCUUGAUGGAUUCUUGAAGAUCCUGCUCGCCCACUCAACAUUCUCAACACAUGAGAUGCUGUGGGAAUUCUUUCUUGUUCCCGAUAUCCAAGCAGACAUGAUGGAGCAGCGCAGCAAGUUGAAAGCCGAGACAAGAAUAGAGACAGUCAGAGAAGAAUAUGAGCCCGUGGAAGAUGGACGAGAUGUCGAGAGGUUUGUUGAUCAUGCCAGAGAUAUGGUUCGUAGUGUCAAUUACUCCACUAAGAGCGUUGCACGACGAGCCAAUAUGGUGCGAGCUACCACCACUGAUCUCCACAAUGCAUGGCAUCUAGCCUCACGAGCAAUUUCUACACUCGAAGGUCUACCCACGACUCACACAUCAGCUUUGGCAGCUUAUGUGCAAUGUCUCGCACCUCCAUCGACAUCGCCUUAUUCAGCAUUUCACUCAACGAUACUUUCUAUACACAGCACAAUCAUCGCGAUGUUAUUAUCACUCUCGCGUCCUACAUCUCUCAUAUCCUCCAUCAAUUCUUCCCGCAAAGCCAUAGAGCGCAAUUACAACUCCUUAUCACGGUCAACUCGAUGGCCUCUUGGCCUACUGGAUGAGACUCGUCAACGACUGAAUGAGGAGAAAGAAGACAAGAUGAGAAGAACAAAGGAGGAAGCAGAUGAGCUCGGCAGAGAGCUCAGAUACACACAGCAAGUUGUCGCAGGCGAGCUCGCAGGAUGGCAAGAUCUGCACGAGAAGAUGGGUCGGAAAGCCAUUCGCGACCUUGCAAAAGGAAUGUUAAUCAAAGAGCGAACAACACUGGAAUGCAUGAAGCGUGCAAUGAGGAAGCUGAAAAUCACCCCGGUUGUGAUUUCCGCAACUCCUUCAAUCAUGAGUGCGGAGGUUGAGGUCAAUGGGAGUAGUAAUGCGGGUCCUUCCGGGUCACUGUGAAUAGUAAUUAACCUGAGGGGCUUGGUUGAGGUUGACGCUGUAAUUGGAUAGACAUGUGAAUGGCGUUUGGGACCUUCCUGCCUGGGUCACUGGAUGGAUAUGAUAUGAGAGCGGCAUUUUGAUUCUUGAAGCGUGAAGCGUGCAAUUCAAUAUUGUUUUGGUGGUGGCUCGCAUCAUCUUCAUUGUGCUAUGCCCCCGUGAAAUAUGGUAGAGCUCGAAGAAAACAGUCGCAAAGAGAUGAAUUUCAUUGUCAAACUUGUACAUCAAGCGUAUAUGUUUCACAGCCUGUCUUUGCGCCAGGGGGCUGAGCUCGCUUACAUUGUUUACACCAGCGUGUGAGCACUUUAAGUGCCAGCAGAUCAACAGCUUGAAGCUGUGCAUUGCUUUUUUUAUUUUUUUCUUUGGCUUCUUCUUCGUGUGAUGAUGCUGACUCCAUACCUCGUAUUUCCUCUCAGGAGCUUUUCCAUCUCUCUCAAUGAUGGUACCUCAGACAAUUACUAGUUUGACAGGCUCAAGUCUGUCAAAGAGCUUGUCAAGCUCCUUGGAGGCAAUGAUAUCAUCAAACUGAUACAAUGCAUCGACAACCUCGAGUUGUUUCCCAGCGUCCCUUACCAUAGUACCUGCGGUGACGUUCUUUGCAUCAUCUUCAAU